AUGUACUUAAUUUUAAAAAUUUCUGGAUUUCACGACGUUGAAAGUUUAAAAGAAUUUUCUUUAAGGUUUUGUAAUAAUGUUUCUUGUAGUGAAAAUAAUUUUGACAAAAUAAUUAUUUGUCACAAAGAAAAAUCGUGGUUUGACAAUAUUAACAAUUAUAAUUACGAUAAAAGUUAUGAUGAAUUAUUGAGUGCGUUUAAAAAAAGAUGUCAUUUAUUAAAUGGAAUUUUCAAGUUCAAAAUCACAUCAAUUUUUAAUUGUAUUUAUAGAGAGUUUGAUAAAUGUUUAAGAAAUUAUAUUUUAACUCAAUGUUAUUUAUUUUAUGAUUAUGGAAUAAAUGCUUAUUUAGUUAUCGUCGAUCAUAAAGAAGUAAAUGAUAUAAUAAAAUCGAAUAAAAAUAAUGGGAAUAAUUUACAUGAAACUUUACACAAAAAAUUUAACAAUUCAAACAUUAAUAAAAAUCAUUCCGAAUGUCAAACGAUGAUCGAUAACAAUUAUAAAUAUUUAGAAAUACAAUCGAAAGAAAAUGGAAAAAAAUUUUUCUUUGAUACCAAAGAAAAUUUUAAACCGAUUUCUUUCAAGUCUUUAGAACAUUCGAUAAAAAAUACCAAACCAUAUUUUAAUUUACCAAGAAAUGAAAAGUGUCCAGAACAAGAAAUAUUUAAUUUGAAAUGUAUUUUAUAUGACAUGGUGCCUAAAUCUCAAUGGCCUGAAAAUCACAUUUUAUCAUAUAAUGAUGACAAAAAACUUUUGGAUUUUAUUAUAAAUUUAAAAACGAAAACGAGUAAAAAAAUUCAGACAUUAAUGAUGGAACAAAGUUCGAACUGGAUGCAAUAUAAAAAUUUUUUAUUUACCUUCUUAAAUAAUCAUAAUAAAAUUAAUAGAUAUAAUGGUUAUGGAAGAAUACUUAAAAAACAUUUAAAAAAUUGUAAAAAUGCUGCUGCUGCUGCUGCUGCUGCUGCUACUACAAACGACAAAUCAUUUCCAAUACCUAAAAAAAUAAUUUUUACAUAUUUGAUUGAUAUAAUAAGAAAAGUUAUACCAUUUUAUUUUUUCGGUUCUAAUAAUAAUUUAAGAAAGAAAUUUUUUAAUGAAAUAAUUAAAAUUUUCAAAAUGUCUUCUGGUGAAAAUUUAAAUUUGUUUGGUUUUUAUCAAAUGUUAACAAAAUGUAAAAAAAAUUUACAAUGGUGUAAAGAAAUGAAUAAUGACGAAAUCGAAAACGUAAUGUUAAUAAAAACUCUAAAAUUCAUCAUCUUUCAUUAUUUAUUUGUCAUAAUAAAAAAUAAUUUUUACGUAACUGAAACGGGUACUUCCGGUUACGGUUUAAGAUUUUACAAUAAGAAAAUAAUGAUGAAAAAAUCAAAUGAAUAUUUAAAUAAAUUAAUUGUUAAUAAAAAUUUAAAAUUAUAUAGAAGAUGGGAUGAUGAUUUAUUCACGAUAGAAAGAAAAUGGAUGGAUAGUGGAGUCAUCGAUGGAAUAAAUUUAAAAAAAAAAUCAAAAAUUUUCAUGUCGGACUCGACGGAAUUUAAACAACCCCCGGCCAUUUUAAGAUUUUUACCAAAAAAUGAUUUUUUAUUUAAAGGUAUGAGAAUAAUAACUAACAUACCUAAUAAAAAAAAAACAAUUCAUUUAAAUUAUUGUCGAGAAUGCGAUGGUUUAAGUGAAAAAUUCGAAGAAAGAAAUAGGGAAAGAAUGGAUAAAAUAUAUUUGACGAAAUUAUUUCUGGAAUAUUUAAAUGGAAAAGUUAGUACGGGUAUGAAAACGACGUCGGCUGAUUUCACACUGGAGAAAAACUGGAAAAAAAUUAUUAAUUUAAAAAAGGAAUACGGUGAUUUGUAUUUUGUAAAAGCGGAUGUGACGGAAGCAUUCGAUUCGAUAUUACACGAUAAAUUAUUUGAUAUUAUCAGGGAAAACUCGAGAGAGAAAUUUAAAGAACGAGUACAAUUGUACGAAAUAACGGAAUGGAAAAUGGCGAAUAAUAAAAAAUUAUUUUUACGAAAACGUUACAGUUUCGAUGGGAUUCCCAAAAAUAAUACGAUAUUAAUUAAUUGCACGGAUCGUAACGAGAAUGGAAAAUUGAAAGAAUUUCACACGGGAGAAUUUGAAAACGUCAUAAGGCAAAUGGUACAAUUUCAAAGGAUUUACGUAAAUGGUAAAUUAUACAAGGUUACGAAGGGAUUGACGCAGGGAAAUUCAGGUAAAUUUUCAUAUCAUCUUUGCGAUUUAUAUUAUUCAUACAUGGAUAAAAUUAAAUUUGAUAAAUUGACGAAAUGUGACGAUACCGUAUUGAUCCGUUACGUCGACGAUUAUUUAUUCGUUUCUCCGUGUUUGAAAAAAUCAAUAGAAUUUUAUAAAAUAGUCAAAAGGGGAAUACGGGAGUACAACGUGAAAUUCAAUUUUGAAAAAUUAAAAACGAACGUUACGAACGCGUCGAACGUUAACGAAAUAAAUUAUUACGGUUUCGCGUUUAAUUUUUCAACGAUGACCGUUAAACCGGAUUAUGGGAAAUAUAAAAACACGGAUUUAUUAUCGCGAAUUAAAUUACGGGAUACGUUCAACGGUUUCAUUUACGAUAAAAAUGAAUUUUUAAAAAGGAAACUCGCGGAAACGAACGUUUUAAAAUUAUCACCCGGUUUGAUAGGUUGCAAUGAUUCGAACGCCAUGAGAAUUAUAAUGCGUAACGCUUUCAUUAUGCAAUCCGUUAAAACCGUUUUAUUAACCGAUUAUUUAUAUCCUAAAAACGAUAAAAACGAAUUGUACGUUUUUAAAAUGUUAAUCAAAUCGUUUAAUAAAAUUAAAAAAUUUUUUUUAAAGUUUAAUUAUAUUAGCGGCGAUGACGAUGACGAAUCGGUUAAAAUUUUUAUUUUUUCCGCUUUGCAAGUAUUUAAAAAUCGAUCUGGACAAUUUAAAACCGUCGUGAAAUUGUUGAAAUAUCGUUUUAAAAAAUAUAAAAAAAGAAAAUGGUGA